AUGAAGCGCCGGUGCCAGCCGCCCGCCCGCGCCCUGGUCCUGGUCCGGGCCGGCCUCCUGCUCCUGCUGCUCCUGCUGCUCGGGCCGGCGGGUUGCUCGGGCGCAGGUGACGCCGCCGCAGGGGCACUGCCCAGGGCCGCUCCCCCUGACCCUGGCGCCCCCUGUGCCGCCAGCACCACCUGCCCCUCAGGGGGGCCGCGACUGCCUCGGCAGGUCCCCUCCACCUUGCCGCCGCAGGGCCCCACCACCGCGGGCCCCACCGCCACGGGCCCCCCCACCACGCGGCCGCAGGGCCCCACGGGCCCCACCACCACCGCAGGCCCCACCACCACCGCGGGCCCCACCACCACGCAGAACCCCGCUUCCCACGCCAGCACGGCCUUACCUCUCAGACGCGCCACACCCCACACUCCCACGCAGGACCCGCCUUAG